CUGCGUUUUUUCCCCCCUCUCAUUCGUUCUCUGUCUCUUAGCGGCGGCAGCUCAGGGAGGCAGCUGUAUGUGCGUCUGCAUCACAAUCACCACAGGUAAAGACAGCUGCAUCGUCGGAUGUUGCUAACCCCACAGGGGGUGAGGGAGCCUCUGCUGCUGCGGUUGCAAGUUCUCAUCCCUGCGCGGGGCGCACAAUUCUAAUCAUCUCCAAGAAAGCAUCCUGGAGGAAAGGACGAGCAGAGGAUCCCAGCAACCCGACCAACAUAUCACAGGCUGACUCGAAAGAGCAGAGGCUUUCAGGGACUGAGGAAAAAACACCACUCAGAAAGAGAGAAGACAAAAUCAAUGAGAAGAGGCUUUAUAAGUGCUUGCUGCAGUAUUAACGGACAGUAUACUGAGACAGCAGGGCGCUGAGCGGACAGCUUGGGGAAAUCUGAUCCACAGCCGGCUGGAGAAGGAGAAGGAUCACGCGUCGCAGUUGCAGAUUUAUCCGCCCUGUGAUACCACUGUGCGACAACACCCCUCAUUCUCUUCCCCCUCCUCACCCCCCUCCCUCCCUCUCUCUGUUCUCAUCUGAAGUGUUGCUUUUUGACUGGAUGUGGAAAAUUAAUUGGAUUCUACCGCUUUAUUUUUUGCCUCACUGGAAUUUAGAGUACACAUAAAGGAAGCAAAGUAGGUUUCAAUCCAGAGAGUGAUAUAUCAGAAGUCCUCAAAAAAGGAGAGGCUGAUUGAAAAGCAACGGUCGACAAGGAUAGUGGAUAAUCCCAGGAGAGUGUUCGACAGACGCAUAAACGACAGAUCUCUUUUCUAUCACUCUGUUUCAGUUACAAAAGAAACGGAUUUUGGGAGCUGAGGGACGCUGACUCGGCUAAAGCUGUUGGGGCUGCAUCAGGAAACAUUUUUUAAAAUUUUUUUUUUGGUCCUGCACAGGGUGGGGAAGCAACAAGACCCACCCAGCAAGUUUCACUCCCAAAAAGACAAUACCAUCCCACCGUGGAUUGUACAUGGAAGGGACAUACAUGCAUGUUAAGUAGAAAUAGCUGUGGAUUUUUGCUGCAGUGGCAUCCGAACACUGAUGCCACAAAUUUCUCACAUGCACAGAUGUAAAGCCGUUCCUUCCCAACCAUCUCUCCCUUCCGUCUCUCUCUUUGUCCCUCUUUCUCCCCGUUAGAGGCAUCACUACUUCUUCCUCUCCUCUGGCUUUCCCUGCUGUGAACGUUCUUGAAGUUCACUGUUGCUUCAGCUGGACAUCAAGAGUUGGGCAGGACUAAACGCGGACUAAUCGAGUGAUUAUCCGUCUAUGCCAGCUCUCCCAUUUCUCACUGGGUGUCGCUGAGUGUGUGUGUGUGCUUGUGUGUUUGUGAUUGCGUGUCUGCAUGUAUCUCCUGCACCCCUCCCCUCCUCUCAAUCCUUGGAUUACAUAUUUGUGUACGUGUUGAGCGUGUAAUUUUGUAAGGUCCAUUUAUCCACCUACCCCUUUGUCUCUUCUCAAUGUCCGGCAUUGUCGGGAACCUUUUUGCCAUGUGGUACCGAUGCCUAUCACAAGGUUAACCCUCAAUGAGCCAUAAAGGACGGCAGGGAAGGAUGAGUGAGUGUUCUGGUGCAUCCGUAUCCGGGGCAGUGAUCCUGGAGGAACCUGAGGGUCCAGGGGCUUCAGGAGGUCGUGGCGAAGGCCAGGCCCAGGAUCAGGGUCCCCUUCGCUGUGCACUUUGGCCUCGACAGCAGACAUGGCUGUGUGUGGUCCCCUUACUUAUCGGUUUCAUUGGCCUUGGAUUGAGCCUGAUGCUGCUGAAAUGGAUUGUCGUCGGUACAGUGCGGGAUUAUGUGCCAACAGACCUGGUGGAUGCUAAUCGAAUAGGCCAGGAUCCUAUCUUCCUCUCCAAGCCAAGCGGGAUCCCCAAAAGUCCCGAUACUACCACCACCACAACUACUCCUACAGUUGAUGGCGGGAACCCCACGCCUAGAACUGUAACUGUAUCGAAAGGUAGAACUCGAUCCACAGCUACCACCACUACUAUAAACCCUAGAGGAGGUGGAGCCUCAGGUAGCCAAGUAACCCCUCGGAAUCCUGUAAAUCAUAACGGACGUGGACCUUCGGGUUUUACUACAUCCACUGCACCACCACGGACGACCUUCAUAAUUGGAGCGGCAACAUCUAGCCCUUCUCCGUCCAAUCCAACUGUACUCCAUGACUCUACACAGAUGUGGACCCCGGAGCAUACUACAACUGAGACGGUCUCCACCACGCUCACCACGCGUACGCACAGCUACCGCAAAACACCAUCUCCAACUGUCCCACCGCUGCACUCGGAGCAUUUCAAGCCCUGUCAUGAGAAGGACCUGGCCUACUGCCUAAACGGUGGCGAAUGCUUUGUCAUCGAGACACUCAGCGGGCCUCACAAGCACUGCAAGUGUCGAGAAGGCUACCAGGGAAUCCGCUGUGACCAGUUUCUGCCCAAGACAGACUCCAUCCUGUCUGAUCCAAACCACUUGGGCAUCGAGUUUAUGGAGAGCAAAGAGGUAUACAAGAGACAGGUGCUGUCAAUCACAUCCAUCGCCAUGGCGAUCAGCCUCCUGGGAACCCUCUGUAUGGCCCUCUACUGCCGCAACAAGAGGCGCAGAGAGAAGCUCCAGGCCCACCUGAAGGAGAGUCGCAGUCUGAAAAACUACACCACUAAUUCCCAUAACUCCCUGGACUCCAAGACGAGAAGUCUCAACACCAACCUGCAAAUGCAUGAGCAGUACUGCAAACGGUCCUCCCAGUCUCGCCAGGGCAAUGUUUGUGAGUCCAGCUUUGCACACUGCAACAUCACCACCACACCAGCCAACAGCUCCAGAGGCACAGCAAAACAUCACAGAAGUGGUUCUUUGACUCACAGCCCGGAUCAAAGAACCCGGGCAGCCCAUUGGUCAGCUCCUCGCAGGACUCCACCCAUACCCAGAGGAAGGUUAAAUCCAAUCGGAGGAUCCAAGUAUUCGGGUCCCGCCUACCAACACCUUCAGGAAGUCGACUCAUCUGAGAGGGAGGCUGAAGCACAGAGAGGUUGCCAGAUGCAGGGAGAGAACCAACGCGACCACCUCAGACGAGAUGCCUUCCUACAUAUGCAAACUCCUGUUUCCAUGGAGACAACGUCACCAUCACCUUGGAGCGGCCGUGUGGAGGUGCGUUCAGGCCUGUGCGCUCCGUCUGAGAACCACGAUCCGAAUCCCGUCACCCGCAGCCUGCGGAGGCCCGGACGCCGCCACAGCCACUCCCCUCCACCACCGUUUCGCUCCUGCUCUAUCCCCAUCAUCCCCUCCGUCCAGUGUCACCAUGACAACGAGGUGUCUUGUAUGCAAACCACCGUCACCCCAGCAACCACAGUGAUGUCAACCUGCGGAGCCGCACCCGGCAAAGAAGAGAGGAGAGAGAAAGCAGCGCACGCCGCGCUGUCUUCUACUUCCUGCUCGUCCACCGUUGGCCAGCAGCGGGACGAGGUGGCGCUGCUGCUGGAGGAGGCGCAGGAGCAGCUGAGGGCGUUGGCGUUGGCUCACAGGAAGCAGGAAGAGGGUGCGAUCAGCAGCGGCGGCGGCGGCGGGGGCGGCUCGGCUGCUACGCUGGUGGAGGCCAGAGAAACUGUUUGCUUCCUGAACCUUAACGGAGGAGGAGCUGGAGCGCUGAGCUGUAACGGACCCACGCAGACCCAGCUACUCAGCCCCAGCCUAUCACACAGAGACCUGGGCCAAACCGGCCAAUGAAAGGGCACGAUUUAGGACAUUUCGGUUUGACAGUGUCGGACAGACUCUGACGUACUGCAUCUGUGGAAAUGCCGAGUUGAAAAAAAAAAAAAAAGUAACAUCAUGGAAAUACUGAACAUACGCUGAUGAUAUGCAUACCGUAUGGAUACAAACAUAUAAACACUUCCUGAGUGGCCGCCUUUACACCGACUGACAGUAUGGAAAAAGAGAAAAAAAAAUAUUUACGUGCAUUUAAUUACAAAACAAGAGAAACACUCCUACUUAGACAAAAAGAAACCAAAUAGUCUGUCAAAUCCAUGGUGUUUUAAUUGUAAAAAGAAUAUAUAAAUAUAUAUAUAAAUAUAUAUGGAUAUAAAUAUAUGGAAUUCAAAAAGUGACCAAGUACAAAGUUGAAGAACACAGGAAUGAUGUAACUAUUUUACUUUUUUUCUUUUUUUUUUCUUCUUCUCCCUGUUUUGUAUUAACUCUGUCACAUUUCGGUUCUGGCUCAGUUUCGACAAAAGAACUUCAUUCAACGUCCCGCCGCACGUCUACGAGCCGUGCGUCUGAUUCUGUGAGAAUCCAAAAUGGCUGACGAUGAAGGAGCCUCCACAGCAGACUCCCCCCCCCCCUCCCCUCUUCUCGCCUUUUGAAAAACCCCCUGUCUACCCAGCCAAGAAUUACAGUACGGCCCUCAAACACCUUGAGGAUUUACGACACAAAACAAAAAACUCCCCGGCUGUGUGUGUUUGUGUGUGUGUGCGUGUGAGAGUGUGUGUGUGCGUGUGUGUGCUGAGGUGAAGGGACGAAAGAGGGAGAAGAAGAAAAGACAGGAAACAACUUCUUCUACAGUUUGGUCGGAUUUUGGGAGGGCAGAUUGCUAAAGACAGUCCGGAUGCUGACUCCCGUUUGGCCGGUGUUUCAAACCAAUCUAGAUUAUUUUUGUUUUUGUUACAAAUGAUAUUUUCGCACAUAUGCGCACACACACUCACCUGUGCAUUAUUUUACGUUUCGGGUGGACGGUCGGACGACUGGACGGAAGGACAAACGAAGGUCAGAGGGCUAAAAAGGCACCACGGGAGCUAAUCCGACAUUUUUUUUUGUUUUAUUUUGUUUUUUUUUUCCUGUUUUUUGGUUAUUAAUGAACAAUGCUGCUUUCUGGGGCUGACGGGAGGGAGAACAACACAGUUUGGGUAUUGAAACAAGAAAUAAAUGUCUCUAUGUUGUAUCCUAUGAAUUGGAAGCUUUUGAAUCUCUGUAUGAAGUUACAGCCAAAUG